UCUACCCUCCCACCGCAACUGAAACCCCACCGGAACUCAACAUGUCGAGUCUGCACAAGACCAAGAUUGCAGAGUUCCAGAGUAUUCUCAGUGAGCCGCUGAUUAAUCUAUCUGUGCUACGAAAGCUCUGUUUUAAUGGAAUCCCAUUUGAAGGAGGUAUUCGAUGCUUAUGUUGGAAGAUAUUACUAAACUAUCUCCCCACAGAUCGAACACUAUGGGACUCGGUGCUGGCGAAACAGAGGGACACCUACUCCCACUUCUUGAAAGACAUGAUCAUCCAACCUGGAAUCGCCAAAGUCAAGUUUGGAAUAUCCAGAGAGGAUGUAACUUUAGAAGAUCACCCGCUGAAUCCAAACCCAGACAGUCGAUGGAACACAUAUUUUAAAGAUAAUGAAGUGUUGCUACAGAUAGACAAGGAUGUCAGGAGGCUUUGCCCUGACUUUUCAUUUUUCAUCAAGGCUACGGAUUAUCCCUGUCUUUUGAUAAUGGAUCCCGAGAAUGAAUACGAGACUUUGCGAAAGCGCGUGGAACAGACCACGCUGAAGUCUCAGACUGUGGCACGGAACCGGAGUGGCCUCACUAAUGUAAGCUCCCCACUGAAGACCUCAACAUCAUAUCCACUGAACGAGUAUGAGCCUCUGCCCAGUGGCUGCGAGGCACAUUGGGAGGUGGUGGAGAGGAUCUUAUUCAUUUACGCCAAGUUGAACCCCGGCAUUGCCUAUGUACAAGGCAUGAAUGAAAUUGUAGGGCCCGUUUACUACACGUUUGCUACAAAUCCCAACAGUGCAUGGAAAGAGCACGCGGAAGCAGAUACUUUUUUCUGCUUCACUAAUCUGAUGGCAGAAAUUCGUGACAAUUUUAUCAAGAGCUUAGACGACUCACAGUGUGGAAUAACUUCAAAGAUGGAGAAGGUCUAUGCAACUCUGAAGGAGGAUGAUGAGGAGUUGUACCUAAAACUGCAAGAACAAAACAUAAAGCCCCAGUUCUUUGCUUUCCGGUGGCUGACCCUACUGUUCUCCCAAGAGUUUGUGCUUCCUGACGUCAUCCGAAUUUGGGAUUCUCUGUUUGCUGAUGAGAAAAGAUUUGACUUCCUCCUUAAUGUUUCUUGUGCAAUGCUGAUAUUAAUUCGUGAUCAGUUAUUAGCAGGAGACUUUACCGUGAACAUGAGGCUGUUACAGGAUUACCCUCUCUCAGAUGGGGAUGUUCUACCCAUUCUGAAGAAAGCCAAGGAACUACGGGAUUCAAAACCAAACGUAUGAAGAGGACAAUCUCUGAACACUCCAGAGGGACACGUGUAUAAGACUGUACUCUGCCUUCCAGCUAGCCUAUUCACAAUGCACCUAUGUAUAGGCUGUGCUCUGUGUUGGUGAUCCGAACACUAACUACUCUGGGUCCCUAAUUGGGAACAGGAAUUUUUGCUGCACAAAUCAACUGACACACAACUGCCUACCUGGCAAGAUCUGACUUGCUUUGGACUUUUCAUUUAUUGGCAUGUUGUGUUCUAUUCUCUAUCAUGGAAGUUGACAACAUUCCUGAGGUUCUAUCAUAUUGUAGUCUGGUGACAGCACUGUCCCACCAUACGCACUCCAAUCAAAACACCUGCAACUCCACACUACUUGUUAAUAUGGGCUGUUCUGUUUAAAGGAUCAACCUCAGGAUUCUCUCCAAGUACUAAGGCUAAUGAACUGGAAUCAUCGUGAGUUCACACGUGCCUAUACUUUUUGUGGCCACAGAUGCAUUGUUAGGCAAUGCAAAAUGUGCUCGCUUGGAUAUUUCAGGAGUUAAACUUCUUGUAUCAUGACUGUUACCUAUGUAUUGUAGCAUUGCACGUCUGAAGGGAACCCUAAAACUGCCUCUCUCCUCAGGGCUCAGUACUUUAGUUGAAUAAGUGUUUAAUUGUGUUUAAUUAUCCUUUAGUGCAUUCAAAAUAGAUUACCUUUGAUUGUCAACUGGGCCAGUUUAUUUUAUAUUUCUGAUUUAAUUUUUUGUAAUGUUUUAAUACAGCGUGGAGAAAUUGUUUAAAGAAAAAAAACUUUUUAUUGUGGUUAUAAAACUAGAGGUGAUGUCACAAUUGUAUUUUUAAUGGGGAUUUCUAAUUAUUAAUCCCAAUAAACACUCUUCAUGCCUGUGGUUUUGGUAAUUAGCUUAACAAACCUGUAAUGCACAGCACCAGUUUGAAUAAUUAAUAGCCACAAUU